AUGGAGCAGGACGGGCCCGGCAGCGGCCCCGACGCGGGGGGCUCCGAGAGGAAGCCCCCGCCCGACGCCCCGGCCAGCGCAGCCCAACCUGCCCCAGMAGAGCCCGCACGGGACGAGGCACCGGGCGCCGCCGGCCAAACCCACGGAGCAGGGCAUGGAGAGCCCGUGACGGAGGCGGCUCCGGCUGCUGCGCACAGUCUGGAUGCAGGGACGGGAGAGGCUGCAAGGAAGGAGGCUGCAGAAGAGCCACAGGGAGGGAAGACGGAGCCUGUGAAGGAGAAGGGCCCGGCGGCUGUGGAGCCUGUGGACGAGAAGGCUGCGGCGCCCGGAGGGGCUGCAGAAGGGAGCGCAGAACCCGCACCGGGAAACGGCCCAGCGGCCACGGAGGCUCUGGACGGAGGGAAGGAAAAGGCCCCCRCAGAGGAGGCUCCAGCGGCGGGAGAGGCUGAGGCCGGCGGGAAGGCGGCGCCCGCAGAGGCCACGGCCGCAGCGGAGGCUCAGGAUGGAGAGGAGGAAGGUCAGGGGCCGAAGGCUCUCACCGCGGCAGAGGCUGCCGGAGGGAAGGCAGAACCUGCUGAGGACGCGGCCUCGGCCGCGGCGCCGGCUCCGCACGAGGGGCAGGAGGAGCCCGCGAAGGAGGAAGCCCCGGUGGCUGCUCCGGCUCCGCACGGAGGGGAGGAAGCAGCCAAGGCGGAGGAAGAGGCUGACAAGCAGAAGCAGCCCGAGGGCUCGGGGCCAGCGCGGCCCGUCCUGCAGCAGAGCCUGAGCUGCCCCGCGUCCUGCCAGAGGGAGCCCCAGCCCUGGGCGGAGGCUGCGGCCAUGGAGACGAUCCCGGAGGAGACCCCGGCAGUGCAGGACAGUCCGGCAGCUGCGGCCCCGGAGCCCCAACCUGCCCCGGGAGAGCAGCCGGCUGCGGCCGUCCCUGCGCCCAGCGGCGCCGGCACCCAGGACAGGACAUUGGCAGAGCCUGCGGGCGCUGCGGGAGAGCCCGCGGGCACUGAGAAACCGGCUCCCCAGGGGCCCCUGCCCGAGGCAGAGCCGCCCGCCAGCCCCUACCUCACGCCGGACUUCGGCAAGGAGGAUCCCUUCGAGAUCCUGGACGAUGUCCCCCCGCCRCCCGCGCCCUUCGCGCAUCGCGUCGUCACGCUGCGCGCGGCCAACGUCAGUGCCCACUUCAACCUCAGCGCCAAGGACAUCCUGGGAGGGGGCAAGUUCGGAGAAGUCCACACGUGCACGGAGAAGCAGACGGGGCUCAAACUGGCGGCCAAAGUCAUCCGCAAACAGGGCGCUAAGGACAAGGAGAUGGUGCUGCUGGAGAUCGACGUGAUGAACCAGCUGAACCACCGCAACCUGAUCCAGCUCUACGACGCCAUCGAGACGCCGCGCGAGAUCAUCCUCUUCAUGGAGUUCGUGGAGGGCGGCGAGCUCUUCGAGCGCAUCAUCGACGACGACUACCACCUGACCGAAGUGGACUGCAUGGUGUUCGUGCGGCAGAUCUGCGAGGGCAUCCGCUUCAUGCACCACAUGCACGUGCUGCACCUCGACCUCAAGCCCGAGAACAUCCUCUGCGUCACUGCCACCGGGCACAUGGUGAAGAUCAUCGACUUCGGGCUGGCUCGCAGGUACAACCCCGAGGAAAAGCUCAAGGUGAACUUCGGCACGCCGGAGUUCCUGUCACCGGAGGUGGUGAACUACGAGCAGGUCUCCUACGCCACGGACAUGUGGAGCAUGGGAGUCAUCACUUACAUGCUGCUCAGCGGCCUCUCCCCCUUCCUGGGCGACAACGACACCGAGACGCUCAACAACGUCCUGGCUGCCAACUGGUACUUCGACGAAGAGACCUUCGAGAGCGUCUCUGAGGAGGCCAAGGACUUUGUGUCGAACCUCAUCAUCAAGGAGAAAAGCGCCCGCAUGAGCGCUGGCCAGUGCCUGCAGCACCCGUGGCUCAACAACCUGGCCGAGAAGGCCAAGCGCAGCAACCGCCGCCUCAAGUCCCAGGUGCUGCUCAAGAAAUACGUCAUGCGGAGGCGCUGGAAGAAGAACUUCAUCGGCGUGUGCGCUGCCAACCGCUUCAGGAAGAUCACGAGCUCGGGGUCGCUGACGGCGCUGGGGGUCUGA